AUGGAGGAAGAAUCUCAGAAUGGAAGCGCGAGUCCGGCUAAAGAAUUGGCGGUGGUGGCGGCGCCUGAAGUAGACGAGGAAGAGCCGAUGGUCGGACCUGGACCUGCUCCACGUGGCAAACGCAAGCGUCCGCUUCAGUUUGAGCAAGCUUACCUUGAUUCGCUUCCUUGUGCUAAUAUGUAUGAGAAAAGUUACAUGCAUCGGGAUGUCGUUACACAUGUUGCUGUUUCAGGAGCUGAUUUCUUCAUAAGUGGAAGCAUGGACGGUCACUUGAAAUUUUGGAAGAAAAAGGGUGUAGGUAUCGAGUUUGCUAAGCAUUUCCGCUCUCAUCUCGGUCCAAUUGAAGGUCUAGCGGUUAGCAUUGAUGGUUUGCUUUGCUGUACAAUCUCAAAUGAUCAUGCUGUUAAAAUAUAUGAUGUUGUCAACUACGACAUGAUGGCCAUGAUCCGUUUGCCGUAUAUUCCUGGUGCUGUUGAGUGGGUUUACAAACAAGGGGAUGUCAAAGCUAAACUUGCUGUUAGUGACCGAAACUCAUCGUUUGUGCACAUUUAUGAUCCCCGUUCUGGUUCCAACGAACCCCUUGCUUCAAGAGAGAUACAUAUGAGUCCAAUUAAGGUCAUGAAGUACAAUCCUGUUUCUGACACAAUGAUCUCUGGUGACACAAAAGGAAUCAUUGAGUACUGGUGUCCAGCUACGCUGCAGUUUCCUGAGGAUGAGGUAAACUUUAAACUGAAGAGUGAUACAAAUCUCUUUGAGAUUGUAAAGUGCAAAACAACAAUCUCUGCUAUUGAGGUGAGUCCAGAUGGUAGACAGUUUUCUGUUACAUCUCCUGAUCGUAGGAUUCGCGUGUUCUGGUUUAGAAGUGGUAAACUGAGGCGGGUGUAUGAUGAGUCACUUGAGGUGGCCCAAGAUCUGCAGAGGAGCGAUGCUCCAUUGUACAGGCUUGAAGCAAUUGACUUUGGUAGAAGAAUGGCGGUUGAGAAGGAAUUUGAGAAAACCGAGAGUGCUCCGCAGCCCAAUGCAGUUUUCGAUGAAAGCUCUAAUUUCCUUAUAUAUGCCACUCUUCUUGGAAUAAAAAUAAUAAAUUUACACACCAACACAGUUGCAAGGAUCCUUGGAAAGGUGGAGAGUAAUGAAAGGUAUCUGAGAGUUGCAUUAUAUCAAGGUGAUCAAGGAGGCAAGAAAGUUAGAAAAAUUCCAGCUGCUGCUGCAAAUGUAAAUGAAAGCAAGGAGCCUUUAAGUGAUCCAACUAUCUUAUGCUGCGCCUUCAAGAAACACAGAAUCUAUAUGUUCAGUCGGAGAGAGCCUGAGGAACCUGAAGAUGCAAGCCAAGGGAGGGAUGUGUUCAACGAGAAGCCUGCUGCUGAUGAACUUAUGGCUGCCUCGGAUAUUGGAAACUCUGCCACGACAUCUCUUCCAGAGACUGUGAUCAUGCAUACUACGUUGGGUGAUAUGCACAUAAAGCUUUACCCAGAAGAAUGUCCCAAAACUGUGGAGAACUUCACAACACAUUGUCGAAAUGGCUAUUACGAUAAUCACCUUUUCCAUCGCGUAAUCAGAGGAUUCAUGAUACAGACUGGAGAUCCUCUUGGGGAUGGUACUGGAGGACAGUCAAUCUGGGGCAGGGAAUUCGAGGACGAGUUUCACAAAAGUCUACGGCAUGACAGGCCGUUCACAGUGUCCAUGGCAAAUGCUGGUCAAAACACAAAUGGGUCGCAGUUCUUCAUCACAACGGUGGCUACACCAUGGCUAGACAACAAGCAUACUGUUUUUGGAAGAGUUGUGAAGGGAAUGGACGUCGUACAGGGUAUAGAGAAAGUGAAGACAGACAAGAACGAUAGGCCUUACCAAGACGUUAAGAUUCUUAAUGUAACUGUUCCUAAAUCUUAG